AUGGGAUCUGGUUUCUCCUCCAAUGCCCCUAAAACCAUCUACCUGGACGUAGAUGGCAAAGUGCAGAAGGUGCUGUUUAGUCGUCACUGCAGCCCAUGUGACAUCAAGGAACUUCUGUGUUCCUCCUCCAACACCCCCAGGAACACAGCUAUAAUGAUGGUGGACCCUGAAGGGGCUCUUGUGUCCAUUGAUCCCACAAUGCCCACCAACUCCCGCAACUCCCUGUACAAAGUCAUUCCUUUAUCUGCUGGCCAGUUGGGGGAAAAGGAAGAUAUGUUUCAAAAUGUGCUCUCACAGGUAGCAGAGCAAUUCAGCAGAGCAUUCAAAAUCAAUGAACUGAAAAUGGAAGUGACCAACAGACUGGCUAUGCUGGAGAAGAAAGUAGAAUUGGAAGGUUUGAAGGUUGUGGAGAUUGAAAAGUGCAAAAAUGACCUGAAGAAGCUGCGAGAUGAGAUGACGUCCAGAGCAGGAGGAAGAGUGAAUUGUACGUGCAAGUAUAAUUUUUCAGACGAUGGAAAGAAAUUAACUCCUAGACGUGACGUGCCCAGCUACCCAAAGUACACACUUUCUCAAGAGACCAUUGAAGCUCUGAAGAAACCAACCUUUGAUAUCUGGCAUUGGGAGCACAAUGAAAUGCUGAGCUGCCUAGAGUAUAUGUAUCAUGACUUAGGUCUUGUGAAGGAGUUUAACAUGAACCCUAUCACUCUCAAACGCUGGCUGCUGGGCAUUCAAGAAAAUUACCGUACCAACCCCUUCCAUAAUUUUCGCCAUUGUUUCUGCGUGAGUCAGAUGAUGUAUGGCAUGAUCCACCUCUGCAACCUCCAGGAAAAGCUUUCGCUGACAGAUUUGGGCAUUUUAAUGACUGCUGCAGUGUGUCAUGACUUGGACCACCCUGGAUACAACAACACGUAUCAGAUCAAUGCUCGCACUGAGCUGGCUGUGCGCUACAAUGACAUAUCUCCCCUGGAGAACCAUCACUGCGCUGUGGCCUUCCAGAUACUCUCACUGCCUGAGUGUAACAUAUUUGCCAACGUGGACCCUGAUGCCUUUAAACAGAUUCGACAGGCUAUCAUCACUCUGAUUUUGGCGACUGACAUGGCUAGGCAUGGUGAAAUUCUGGAAUCAUUUAAGCACAAAGUGGACAACUUUGACUUCACCAACGAGGAGCAUGUGACCUCUAUGAAGAUGGUCUUAAUCAAAUGCUGUGACAUUUCCAAUGAGGUCAGGCCCACAGAGGUGGCAGAGCCGUGGGUGGACUGUCUGCUGGAGGAAUACUUCAUGCAGAGUGAUCGAGAGAAAUCGGAGGGGCUUCCUGUGGCACCCUUCAUGGACAGAGAAAAAGUGACAAAACCCACGGCACAGAUUGGCUUCAUUAAGUUUGUCCUUAUCCCCAUGUUUGAAACUGUCAUGAAGCUCUUCCCUCAGAUUGAAGAGAUUAUGGUGCAGCCUCUCAGAGACUCACGAGACCACUACGAGGAGCUAAAGCAAAUUGACGAUGCCAUGACCGAGGUAAAUAAAAAAACUGAAAAUAUGUCAUUAGGAGGGAAGAAGAAAUAAGCACUACUGCAAGCUGAAUGGUUCCACGGGUCUCAUUUAUCGACCUAUCUGCACUGUGUGAAUCAAGUUCCAGUUUGAGGAUCUGUGAAAGCUCUGACGCUGGGCUGGCGUUUGCCCACUGAAUCCAAAGGGUCAUCUAAUCAACUUAUGAAAUCAGGAGUCGCUUCCUUAUGCUACAUGGUAUCAAAAUGCGAGGCUGGUCUGAUUCUUUCUCUUUGUCAUCAAUCAAUUAUAAAGCCUUUCUGGCUGAAAAGGGCAUUUAUUUAUUACUGAAGUUCUGAUUUUGUUUGUUGUUAUACAUUUUUAUUUUUUUCUAUCUUUAGCAAUGAAUGGUGAAAUUUUAUUUCUAUUGCAUCUACGUAGUAUGUAGUCAUCUAAAAGGUUUGUGCUCCCAAAGCAGUUAUGAUACCAGGUUACAGCAUGACAUAUAUCUUUUGAGAACUAACUAGUACCUUUGGAAAUAUGUUUUGAUCAUUAUCAAAUGUCAGCAAAAUAUAAUACCAAUCUAUUGUCAAGCUGUUCUCCCAUGAGUUCCUCUAAAACACUCAAGUUCACAUUUAUAGGUGGUUUUUGUGGUGAUAUACAAUACCACUAUAAACCAUAAUAUCAGUCUUUUAGGAUACAUAAGAACUCCUAUAGCAAUUCGUAAAUGUUCCAAACCACCUGUAAAUUAUUUUUACAUUAUUUCUCAUGGAGACUUUUUUUUUUUUUUGUCUAAUAAUUUGUCUUAGAAUGUCUUCAAAGAAUUAUACAGUUUCGGUCCGUUCACACCGAACACAUUUUUGUGUCCAUCUGCGCUGUUUUUUUAUUGUUUUUCUAUGUAAACAUGUACUAGACCAGGGCUAUUCAACUUCAUCGACAAGUGGGCCAGAUGGAAAAAAAUCUCUGAUGCAAGCGGGCCAAGAAUGUUUUAACAUAAAGCUUCUACCAGAUAUCAUGUUAUAGUAGGUCUAUUAUAUUUGUUUACUAUAUAAAUAAAACAUCUGUGUUCAUAGCUUUAACGAUUUCACGAGAAAUAUUUUCAAGCAGAAAAUUCUGGAGAAAAAAAAGAGAUAUCUAAAAAGUGCUUUCAAAAUGACAAUAACAGAGAGAACAAUUAAGACUGAUAAUAAAAAUUGUAUUAAACAAC